CCUAGGCCGAGUGAAGAUGCUCAGCUUGGAUUGGAGGGGAAGGGUCAGGAGUUGCUGGCCUUUGGGCUGAGGUCCAGGCCCCAGCCGCCGGCCACAGUAGCUCUUGGUCCAGUUGGCGCCCGAGGUGUAUCAGCGCUCCCCCGCCCGCUCCAGCCAUGAGUGCCCGCACCUGGGCGCUGGCCCUCCUCGGCUUCUCUGCGACCCGGGUGUCCCGGCAGCCAGGGUCCACCUGGGUCUGUGUCGCCGCGCUGGGACUGGCCGCGGUGACGCUGGGGACCGUGGCCUGGCGUCGCGCGCGUCCCCGGCGGCGCCGGCGGCUGCAGCAAGUGGGAACGGUGGCACAACUCUGGAUCUACCCGAUCAAGUCCUGCAAGGGGGUGUCGGUGACCGAGGCGGAGUGCACUGCCAUGGGGCUGCGCUGCGGCCACCUGCGCGACAGGUUUUGGCUCGUGGUCAAUGAAGAGGGGAACAUGGUCACUGCCCGGCAGGAACCUCGAUUGGUCCAGAUUUCUCUGACCUGUGAGGACGACAACUUGACACUCAGUGCAGCCUACACAAAGGACCUGCUGCUGCCUAUCACACCGCCUGCCACAAACCCCCUUCUCCAGUGCAGAGUGCAUGGCCUGGAGGUGCAGGGCAGGGAUUGUGGCGAGGAUGCUGCUCAGUGGAUCAGCGGCUUCUUGAAGACGCAGCGCUGUCGCCUGGUGCACUUCGAGCCCCACAUGCACCCCAGGAGUUCUCAGAAAAUGAGGGCUUCAUUCCGGCCCACGGACCAGGUGGCCUAUGCAGAUGCAAGUCCAUUCUUGGUGCUCUCUGAGGCGUCCUUGGAAGACCUCAACUCUAGGCUGGAGAGAAGAGUGAAAGCAGCGAACUUCAGGCCUAACAUCGUCAUCUCAGGAUGUGGCAUCUAUGCUGAGGAUUCUUGGAACGAGGUUCUCAUUGGAGACGUGGAACUGAAACGGGUGAUGCCUUGCACCCGGUGCCUUUUAACAACGGUGGAUCCGGACACUGGCAUCAUGGACAAAAAGGAGCCUCUGGAAACACUGAAGAGCUACUGCGGAUCUGAGCCCGGAUGACUCAUUUUCGAGGCAUCCCUGUCGUCUGGAUGCCAUAACAUUGGAGGAAUGAUGAUGGUUUCUUGGAGGUUCUUCUGUGGCCGGCGUAGCCAAGUCGAAGACUGUAAUGGUUUGUUAUGAUGACCUUUGCUAUUCCAUUAGGCUCAAUUGCUUUAAAAAAUGAUGUGCAUGUACUUUAAAAACAUUUUUACCCUUUACGUUGACCUGACAUCAUAGUUUAUAUUAGCAAAUGUAUUAAUGACAGAGGAGUGUUUUCAUGUCCCAAGGACAAGUUUUAACAACCAUAAUCUGCCCUCAGUCAUCAUAAAUAUAAAUGUAUUGGUCAAACAGACCUCGUUAAUGUGGCCAAGAUAAAUGCAAGUCUAUAUUUUAAGGCAGUAGAGGCAGUGGAAGCCCUAGAGGAUACUCGGAGCUUUUUGUGGGGCUGUGAGUUUCUGUAGACGUGUUAUCUCAGGAUGAGAAAAUUAACAUGUUUCCCUGCUCUGGUUCUGCAUCAGACAGAUAUAAAUGUCUUGAGGACAUCAAGCGAGAUUGCUCACAUAGUUUCUGGACACCGUUAAUGCCUGGUGGGGUGAAUCUUAGUUCUUAAAGCUGUCUCCUUGUUCUAAUCACAGGGCUUUUAGAGAAUAAGAAGAGACCCCAAGUGCUGGCAGUGUGCUACCCCACUGACACGUCUCUGAAUUAUAUUGUGUCGUAGCUUUUUAAUUAUAUCACCCUCCCCGCUCUCCAGUAUCUCCUUCCCUUUGAGACAGGACCUUCUGUGGAUGUGUGCCUGACAUCUUACCUCACACUGGUUGGUAAACCGCAUGUCAGGCAGACAGUGUUCCAGGCAUCAUCUGUAGGCAGGAUGGGAGGGACACUCUGUUUCUCUCUUUGUUACAGCACACUCACAAGUGCUGGGCUUUCUUAGCAAUGCCUGUGUUCUGAGCUUCUUGGGGACAAAAUGGAGAGCCUUUUAAUGGUAUUUUGUUUUGAACCGUGAAAACUGCUCAGAGUGGGAAUGUCUCAGGGCCCCUUCCAGAGAAGACUGUUUAUAGGCAAGUCUGUCUCUCUCCGAUAUGAUCAACUUGGUGCCAUCACUAAGUUCUCCUUGGGUUGUGGUUACCUAACAAUGAGUGAUGGGUAGACACCCCAGAGACAGAUGUUGGCUUUUUUCCCUUGUAGAACAAUCUUCUAGAAUGCAUUUGUUUAACUGAAUUUGCUAUAUUUUUUGAUGGUUCAGAGAUUGAGGCCUAUACAAUAUUUUCGUAGCAGAGUUUUUUAUAAUGCUUGAGAGACAGAGACAAUUCAAGGACUCAUGGACAGAUGGACAAGCACGGACAGACGGGUAAGCAAACACAGGCGAGCAGUAGGAUAUUAUAUUCAGCCUUAACAUUUAGCAACGCCCUGCAUGUACUCAACUCAGAAUGAACCUGAAGAACAUGAGACUACCAGAAAGAAACCAGUCACAUGGCAUACAUAUCGCACAGUUCCACUUCUGUGGGUACCUCGUAGUCAAACUCAGACCCAGGGAGAAGGGAGGCUUGGGAUGGAGAGAGCAGGGGAAGGUAACUGGGAUGCUGCUAUCUAGGGGGUUUAGAGCUUCAUUCUUACACGUCGAAGGGGGAUCCAGUGAGCUAUUGUACAGCAGCGAGGAAUGGUUCCCGUGGCAAACAUUGUGCUCUGUGCGCUUUGCUGAGAUUUAAACAUUCAAGAAAAAGAGAGGAGUAGGAGAAGGAGGAGGAGGAAGAGGAAAAAGGAGGAAGAGGAAGAAGAGGAAGAAGAAGAGAAGAGGAGGAAGAGGAGGAAAAGGAGGAGGAGGAGAGGGAGGGGGAGGAGGAGGAGGAGGAGGAGAGGGAGGAGGGGGAGAAGAGCCAAGCCCCGAGUAGCUUGCAGGUGAAUUUAAACUCUAAGGCUCCCCUCAAGAAACACUGUAGAGUCCAACUAUGGGAAGGAUCCCACCCUCCCAGGCCCUUGAAUGAGUCUUCUCCCAGACACUCAGACUAAAGCAAAUGAACUUGAGACACUAUCUUUGAGCAACACCUCCACUGAAACUGAGGUAAUUAACCGAAGCUCUUCAGUUCUCGCCUCUGAACUGUGGUUCAUACGAACACGAGACUCCUUGGAGUGAAUGUUGGUGGGGUUUACAUUCAGGUCUAGAGUGACUUUUUUUUUCUUUUUUGGCAUUUUACUGUCAGGCCACAUUUAUGAUUCAACUUGAUUGUCGCAUUCAGCCCUGGUAGGUUAUGUUGGCCAAUGUGGAUGGAGAUAAUGUGAGAUGGGGGACAGAUGAAAGAGGAUACUUCUCCAUGACAGGAGGACUAUUUGGUACUGACCCAUCUGAGGGCCCCACAGGCAGAAGCCCUGCCUAGAGGAGCUGUAUUAGAGAUCAGGGCUGGUUCCCUGUAAGGACCUCUCUAAUGCUUGGUUAAUUAUAUGUGUAAUGGAUUCUAAGAAUACAAAGUUGAGUGAUUUUUUUUUUAAAAAAACUUCCAUUUUGUUAACUAUUAUCUCUCUCUCUCUCUCUCUCUCUCUCUCUCUCUCUGUGUGUGUGUGUGUGUGUGUGUGUGUGUGUGUGUCAGGGAGGUGUGUGUGUCAGAAGUCAGAGAGUGGUUUUGUGGACUUUUUUGUUUCCUUCCACUUUUUUUUUCUUUUUUUUUUUCUUUUUCUUUUUUCUCUUUUUCGGAGCUGGGGACCGAACCCAGGGCCUUGUGCUUGCUAGGCAAGCGCUCUACCACUGAGCUAAAUCCCCAACCCCGUUUCCUUCCACUUUUACACAGGUUCUGAAGAUAGAACUCAGGUCAUCAGCCUUGCACAAUGUAACAAUGUAAAUUUAUUACAUCCCUGUUGCUGUAAUAAAGCACUCUGAUGAAAAUCAGCAGGGGAGGAAAGGGUUUGCUUGGUUUACAGGUUUACAGGUCAUUGUCAAGGGAAGCCAGUGUGGGAACCUGAAGGCUGGUCCUGAAGCAGAAGGUUUGGAGGAACACUGCUAACAGGCAGGAGCAACCACCACAUGCCUUGCUCAACCUUCUUUCUAUACCACCCAGGACCACCUGCCUAGGGGUGGUGCCGCCCACAGUGGACUGGGCCUCCUACAUCAAUCAACCAAGACAAUACAACACAGAUGGCCUACAGACUCAUUGAAUUGACCAAUUCUUCAAUUGUGGUUCCUUCUUCCUAGAUAACUCUAAUGUGUCAAAUUGACCAAAACAAAACAAAACGAAACAAAAAACACAACAAACAAACAAACAAACAAACAAAACCAAGCAAAAAAUUAGCACAGACAGCAAGUACCUUUACCCUCUGAGCCACCUUGAUGGCCUCUGAAAUGGAGAGAUUUGGGGCAGAGGUGGUGCCUGUCUACAAGCAGCUCCAGAAUCAUCAAUAUUUAUCCCUGUGGUGCCUUAGUCUUGGUCCCUCUUUGUGACCUCCUGUUCUGUCAUCUGUGGAAGAGAUUGGUAAAGUCGGGAGUGGCUAAGUCAGCCUCUUCUCUUUCUCCUCCCUAUUCUUUCUGGACUCUGCCCACUUACAAGGUCACUGGGGCCUCUGGUGACCUUGGCUGAGAAGACCCCACCCCAACUGGAAGGGGACCACAGUUCUCUACUGUUGCCUGAGGCUGGCAGGAUGAAGCUCACAGUGGGAUUUGGUAUCAGAAAUUCCAUUGUUUUGGGCUUUCUAAACCACAUCUUUAGCCUCCUUUCCUCCCUCCUUCCCUCCUUCUCCUCCACCUCCAUCCCUCUUCCUUUCUUCCUUUUCUCCUCUUCCUUUUCUUCCUUUUCUCUGUCUCUUUUUACAAUGCUGGGGUUUGAAGCUGGGUCUCUAGUACACACUGAGCCGCACCCCCACCCCAGGUGGGGCUAAUAUUAGUGAGAAGCGGGUAGUUUGAUCUCAAUGGAACAGAAUGAAACCGGCAAACAAACAAACACAAAAACAAAAAACAAAAAAUAAAAAACAAAAAAAACAAAACAAGUCCCAGCAAGCCCCCAUGGGUCUACAGUACUGUCAUGGUUUGCAGGAGAAAUGACUGCGUAAGAGGAGGUUUGUGGGAGGUGUGUCCUCGCUGAAGGACCAUGUCACUGAGGGUGGGCUUUGAGAUUAUAUGGUCUUAUCCUACUUUCACUCAGACCAUUCUGCCUCAGGCUUACAUUUGAAUGUGACCUCUCAGUCAGUUGUGCCGGCUCAGGCCUUUCAUCCCAGCACUCAGAAGGCAGAAGCCGGUGAUCUCUGAGUUUGAGGCUAACCUGGUCUACAGAGCAAGUUCCAGGACAGCCAGAGAAACCCUGUCUAGAAAAAAGAAAGAGAGAUAGAUAGAUAGAUAGAUAGACAGACAGACAACAGACAGACAGACGACAGACAGAAUGUAAGCUCUCAGCUUCCUGCUCCAGCCACCAUGCCUGCUGCUUGUUGUCACGUCUCCCAACCAACGACGGUCUCUCGUUCAUCUAGAAGUGUAAGCCCAAAUAAAUCCUUCCUUCUGUAA